AUGGCGAACUCGGCGGUUUCUUCCCGCGGCAGAAGAGCGCUCGUCGUCGAGGACAAUGCCAUCAUCCGGGUGGUGGUACGUAAGCUGAUGAAGGAGCAAGGGAUAGCAUUGGAGGAGGCGGAGAACGGGAAGGCGGCGGUGGAAUCGGUCAAGGAAGGCAAGUCCUACGACCUCAUCCUCAUGGACAGGGAAAUGUCCGUCAUGGAUGGCCAUGAGGCCACAAAGCAGCUACGACUACUGGGAGUGAAAACUCCCAUCGUGGCUCUCUCGGCGGACAGCCAGCAGUGCGAUAGGGACUUGUUUCUUAGAGCCGGCGCCGACGAAUUCGUUGAGAAGCCCCUGACAAAGGAUAAAUUGGCUGGGAUCCUUUCCAAGUAUGGUCUUCAAUGAGUACAUGCUCGCAUGCUACACCUUGCUUCUCUGCUUUCAUGACUGAUGUUUUCACCCCUCAAGUUUCUUUUAGAUCAUCCUCAAGUUUCUCCUUAU